GCAUCAUUUAUAAGCAGAGAAGGGAGCAAUUGAGAGUGGGAAAAGUAACAUUGACCUGUCAGUCUUGAGUUAGUGUAAAAAGAAAUUAAUAUAAAAAAAAAAAAAAAAGGAAAUUGAAGAUAAUAAAGUUUUUUAAAUGCAAUAACAAUGAAGUGUUUGUUAGCGCACUGAGAGUGUUCGUUAAGUUACUAAUUGGGGAUCAGUGUUUCGUUAAUGCCAGCGCUGAACCUCAUUGACCUGACCCUCUUCAUCAUCAUAUUUUAUUGUAACUUUGCUUAGCGAAACAAAACAUCAUCUUUUGUUAUCGUCAAAUGGAUGACAAGUUUAUAGAUGUUUGCAGUUUUUUCCUAGGAUUUACCAUUAUGGAGCAAUACAAAUUCAAAUGUAAAAAUUGUGGCUGCAGGGCUUAAGCUGUUUCUUAGAUGCACCACGAAGGCAGCAGAGAUUAACUCUCGAGGAUGUCACAAAUCAGGGACGCUAUCUGCUCAACAACUUUAUAUAUGAGCGUAUGCAAAGUGAUGGAAUCGAGACAGUUCCUGGCAUUGAACAAUUACAAGAACCUGGUACACCCACAGGGCCACCAAUGGAACAUGUUCGAGAAAUAGGCAGAGCAUUGAGGUUUAUUGGUGAUGACUUAGACAAAGAUCAAAAGCUACAAGAGCUUGUAAACAGAGUUCCUCCUGAGGCAGAACGACAAACUUUAUUAACUGUAGCCUCCAAUAUAUUUAAAGAUGGUAUCUUCAACUGGGGUAGAGUUGUUGCCUUGUUUUACUUUGCUUACAAAGUUUGUUUGAAGGCUCUUGAUAGAAUCCCUCUAAUCCGAGCCAUCAUAAAUUUGAUUGUGGAGUUCAUGAGAGAUCAUGUAGUUCGAUGGAUUAUUGAGAGAGGGGGAUGGGAGGCUAUACGCGAGUAUUUUGGUAGCUCACAAAAACAGUUUGCUGUGGUCAUUGGAGCUGGAGCCAUCGCUUGUGCUGCCGUUCUCCUCUAUCGCAAAUAUUUCUCUUAACAUCCACACACCGACAUUUCCUAUAUUAUAUGCGAAAUAUUUAUUAAACUCUGAGCUGUUUGUUUUGUUUUCCUUAAAGUGGUGGUCACUGUACAGCCUUUUAUACAACCAUGUAUGCUAGUGAAUUGUUUGAAUGCCCAUAAUAUCAUUUUGACUUGUAGCAUUUUAAAAAAAUUAACUCUUCAAUAUGUUAUAAAAAUUUAUUGUGUUCCUUCAAAGUGCAUAUAUUUAAAGCAAAUGUUCAUAAAAAUUUCUUUUCAAUGACCCUUAUGUUUUUGAAUUAUGUCAGUUAAAUGCUAUAGAUUUUUAUUUUUAAAAUAUUAGUUUACAAAACUCCAGUAAGCUGAUUGGCUGACAGUCAUAAAUACACAUCUAAGCACCUUUUAUAGAUCUAAAUUAUUAUUACACACAUUUAUGCAUAAUUAGGUUUUUCUGUAUAUAAAAAUGAAACAGCAUUUCUGGUGUGAUAUUGUGUCUUGUUCAGUAAUUUAAUACAGUGCUCUAAUUUUACAUAUUACUAACAUAUAGAUGCAUUUUUUGAAUGCUUACUUGAGGGGAACUAGUGAGUAUUAAUACUUUCAAAGAAUAAAUUUUGUCAUCUUGAAAUGGACCCCUGUAUCCUGAAACAUUUACAGUUUGACUCCCAAUAUGGGUUAUGUGUGUCAACUGCAUGUAAGACUAGACCAGAAAAGCCACUGAUCUCUAUGAUAUUUUUUACUAUAUGUGUAUGACAUUGAGUUGGAAUAAUAUCCUUAAAACCAUUGAUAUUACAGUGUGAAACUGUGCUCAGCCACAAUGAGAUAAAACAACCUGAGCUGUAGUCAUAUUUCUACGUCAAGUUUGAUUGGAUGAAUUGUGACAAGUAUUUUACAAUGAAAGCAUUAAAUAUUACUUUUGUUUUGUUAAAUGUUUAUACAGCUGUAUUAUUUUUUAAAUUGCACUUUUGUAACCAUGUCAAUGUAGUUCUAUUUUGAAAUACAUGAUUCUUAUGGAAAUGUCACAGAAUACUCUGUUAAACAUGAUUCUGCUGAAACCACUAAGUGUUACUCUGUCUUAAGAAACAAACAAGUUGCAAAUCAUAGUGUGGAACAAAAAAAAAAUUUGAAUGGUAUUUUAUGUAAUCAUGAGGAAAAAAAAAUAUCUUAAGUUUAAAAAAAAAUGUGUACACGUUUCUAAAAAUUUCAAUAGAAAACAAUUUUGAACAUUGAUGUCAUAUUGGGUAACACAUCGAUGCAGUGAAUGUUUUCUUAUAAUAUGGUAACACAUGUAAUGCUAUGUGUAAGCUGUGAAGUUUUUCUGGGCUAUCUGUAAAAUUUUAAAGAUGUCGUUAAAACAAUCUGUAAUGUGCAUCAUCUAAAAAAGCACUAUAGUUGUGAUAGAAUUAGUAUAGUCAUAUAAUCUUUAGAAUUAAUGGAAGUAUGUGAUAUUUCUGUUACACUUAGCAGCAUUGUAAGAUUAAAUCCAGAAGCAAUUGGCCUAGCUCUGAUUUCACUCUUUUCUCAAGCCAGGCAGCAAAUAGAUACUGUACCAUUUGUUAGUUGAUCAAAGUUUGACUAGUUGUUUCUGAGUCCAGGACUAAUUGUGUACUGUUAUACCUUGUCUAACUUUUGUAUAAACAUUUGAUCAGCACCUAUGUCUACUGUCUGACUGAGCUCUGCACUUAAUGGUGAUGUGAUAUUAACAAAAACCUUUUUUUUUUUUUUACUUAUUUUGACAUCAAAAGAUAUGAGUGUAUUUUGUAAAUAUCUACUUUUAAGUAUGUCCAUUGUUGUACUAUGAUUAUAUAAGCAAAUAGACACUCUGCCUUUCUUUGCACCAUUCAUUAUGUUCCUCAUUUUGUGAACAAAAUGUAUAUUAUCUGCCCUGAUUUCUAAAUAGCACCAUCUUAUAUAUUUUAAAGGUUCACAAUUUGAUAUUGAUAUCUCUAAUUUAAAAAACAACAUCAAAGUCACAUGUUUCUAUUUGAUUUGUGACAAACUGUCUACAUCAACUGAACUGUUUGUUUGACCAUGUGAUGGACAGUGUUUACAUUAUCUUCAAUGUUUCUGUUUGACAGUGUGUCAGUGACAAUGACCAUGUUUCUAUGCAUUAGACUAUUUGAAUAUCAGCACAUGAAUGUUUUCUAUUGAGACUUGAAAAGGAACAGGAAAGUGGGUACCAUUCUGCUCAAUUCUGCUCAGAAAUACUUUUUUUUUGUUUGCUUUUUUAUUUUUAUUAUUAAAAAAAAUGAUUUUGCCUUAGAACAACUGGUGAAUGAAUCUGACUGAAUUGUGUCUAAACUUGAUUUAAUUUUCAACAACUAUCAAUAACUGAUAGGCCAAGCUAAAAACAAAAGCACAUAUCAAUUUAGUCAUUGUUGUCUGUACUGAGUGAAUCAAUUUGAACUUCAAGGAAAGAAAACAAAAAGUAUUAUAUAUACAAAGGUACAAAUGAGAUCCAGUCAUUUUAAGUAUUUAUAAUUUUAAGAAUUUCUUUUGAUUUUAGUCUUUUUGAUCUUCAGUUGCCAUUGUAAACGUCUGCCUUCAAAAUAAAUAUGAUUUUGAUUUUUGGUAACUCGGGCUACUCAUGUACAAUUGGUACAUAGAACAGUGAAUUUUUAAAUAUUUUUGUUUGUAAACAUUUUGUUAUAUAACUAUGACUUUUACAUAUAAUUAGUUAUCUAUUAAUUUCUUUUUGAAUGCUGCUUAUAUUAUAUAAUAAUUUUUGACAUUCCUAUCAGGGAAAAGUAAAACCAAUACAUUUUUUAAUGAAUUUUUUAAAUAAGAAACACUGAAAUUAUUCAAUUUUUAAUUACCAUACUGAAUGAAAGAAAAGUAUUCUUCUGUUUUCUUGACUGGUUACCUGCUAAUACUACAGAUCACAGAUAUUGUUUUCACUAUUGUUUACUUGGUUCAAGAGGGUCAACAACAACUAGUGUGUUCAGAAUGGUGCAAUUCUUUUGGUGUUACUGUAACAAACAUGUUCUGUGUACUUCCAAUGUUUCCUUGUCAUGUUAUUUAGUUGGCCUAACACAGUCUUGGUUAAGUUUUUCUUUUUAAAACAUUUUCAACUUGGAAUAAAUGAUUUCAUACAUUA